AUGUCCGCCGCCGAAUCGCCCGCCUCCGACGCCGUCCAGGAGACCGUCAAGGCUGCCGAGACCAAGGCCGUCAACCAGACUGCGGCUCAAAUUCGCUCCUUCGCCGCUGGCGGCGUUGGCGGAGUAUGCGCCGUUAUUGUCGGCCAUCCCUUCGAUCUGGUUAAGGUGCGGAUGCAGACUGCUGCCCAAGGCGUCUACUCUGGUGCGAUCGAUGUGGUGAAAAAGACCGUUGCCCGCGAGGGUCUUGUGAGGGGUCUCUAUGCUGGUGUUUCUGCUCCGCUAGUUGGCGUCACGCCCAUGUUCGCCGUCAGCUUCUGGGGCUAUGAUCUAGGAAAGACGCUCGUCAGCAACCUUUCCGAAGUCGAGGUCAAGAACAACACCCCUCAGUACUCCAUUGCCCAGGUUUCUGCCGCUGGGUUCUUCUCCGCUAUUCCCAUGACCCUCAUUACCGCACCCUUUGAGCGCGUAAAAGUCCUCCUCCAGAUCCAAGGCCAGAACCCUCCACCUCCCGGCCAGAAACCCAAGUACUCCGGCGGUGUCGACGUUGUCCGACAGCUGUACAAGGAGGGUGGUAUCCGGAGUGUAUUCCGCGGGAGCGCUAUGACGCUGGCACGUGAUGGCCCUGGUUCUGCCGCCUACUUUGCGGCGUACGAGUACAUCAAGCGCUCUCUCACACCCAAGGAUGCGAACGGCAACGCGACCGGUGAUCUCUCAUUACCCGCUGUUCUGGCUGCCGGUGGUGCCGCCGGUAUUGCUAUGUGGAUUCCCGUCUUCCCGGUCGACACAGUCAAGUCCCGUCUUCAGAGUGCUCCCGGGAAGCCCACAAUCAGCGGCACGAUUCGCACGGUCUACGCAGCUGGCGGAUUCAAGGCGUUCUUCCCUGGAUUUGGACCUGCCUUGGCGCGUGCUGUUCCCGCGAAUGCUGCUACCUUCGCGGGUGUCGAGUUGGCCCAUCAAUUCAUGAACAAGCUUUUCGACUAA